UGUAGCGUUCGUGGUUAUCGGAAAAACCUCAACAAAAGAUUAGAAGAGUCACGUAUUCGAUAUGUUUACUUUUCACAUUUUAUGGGGCGUGACCACCUACUGUGUUUUUGUAGUGUUCGAUAAUUUUUAUCACUUGUCGUUUUGCACUUGUUGAGCUGACAUGCUCAUAGUUUGUUGUUUAAAUUAACUAAGCUGAAGUGAACGCUGUGUUCAAGGAGGACACUGAUUCCCCACUGUUACCGUGAGCUCCGAACACAUCUGAGGAGAAAGCUACUUAUUAGUUAGCUGGUUAGCGACAGCGAAAAGAUGCAAUUGGCGCUAAGUAAAACGUUUGGCCAGAAGCCAGUUAAAUUUCAGUUAGAACAAGAUGGGGACUUUUACAUGGUUGGGUCAGAGGUUGGAAACUAUUUGCGCAUGUUCAGAGGCUCUCUGUAUAAAAGAUACCCAUCUUUAUGGAGGAGGUUAGCCUCAGUGGAGGAGAGGAAGAAAAUUGUAGCCUCAUCACAUGCCACCAGUGUUACUCUGCUGAAGGCAUCAGAAUGUGAAGAGAUCUUUGAGGGUAAUGAUGAGAAGUACAAGGCAGUGUCCAUCAGCACAGAACCUCCUGCUUACCUCAGGGAGCAAAAAGCAAAGAGGAGCAGUCAGUGGGUCCCCACGCUGCCCAACAGCUCUCACCAUCUAGAUGCAGUGCCUUGCUCCACCACCAUCAACCGCAACAGAAUGGGCCGUGACAAGAAAAGGACCUUCCCAUUGUGCUUUGAUGACCAUGACCCUGCAGUGAUCCAUGAGAAUGCAGCCCAAGUAGAGGCGCUGGUUCCCAUUCGUCUAGACAUGGAGAUAGAUGGACAGAAACUGCGAGAUGCUUUCACAUGGAACAUGAAUGAGAAACUGAUGACCCCAGAGAUGUUUGCAGAGAUUUUGUGUGAUGACCUGGACCUGAAUCCUCUAGCCUUUGUCCCUGCCAUUGCCUCAGCUAUUCGUCAGCAGAUUGAGUCGUACCCCACUGACAGCAUACUAGAAGAGCAGGCAGACCAGAGAGUCAUCAUCAAGCUGAACAUACACGUGGGGAACAUAUCUUUAGUGGACCAGUUUGAGUGGGACAUGUCAGAGAGAGAGAACUCCCCAGAAUCCUUUGCAUUGAAGCUGUGCUCUGAGCUAGGUCUGGGUGGAGAGUUUGUCACCACUAUCGCCUACAGCAUUCGUGGUCAGCUCAGCUGGCACCAGAGGACCUACGCCUUCAGUGAGAACCCACUCCCCACAGUAGAGAUUGCCAUCCGCAAUACAGGUGAUGCAGACCAGUGGUGCCCCCUGCUGGAGACUCUCACUGAUGCUGAAAUGGAGAAGAAGAUCCGAGACCAAGACAGGAACACAAGGCGCAUGAGGAGACUGGCCAACACUGCUCCAUCCUGGUAGAAAGAGACAUGAAGCUACAUUCCUUGACAUAUCAUUUGGAGUCUCUUGUUAUUCUGUCAGUAAAUAGCAUAGUUACACACACACACACACACACACACACACAAGCACACAGGUCACUGACAAAGUAUCUGGAUGUUCCUGUAAGCAUGAACACAAAUGUGGUCUCUGUCUGUGGACAUUUCACACACAUGCAGACAUUCCUCCACACACACAGUUUACUAUCAUCAUGUUUGCCUUCAGGAUGUCAAUCAUGGCAAGAACUCAGAUCUAACCCCAGAUCAAUGUUAACUAGUGUUUUUCAAUGAAGGUUUAUCUGACUUCUGUUUAAGUUACUGUUUCACACAUCACACCAAGCAAGAUUCACACUACACAACAAAACGAAACACUUGACUUUACAGUACGACUGAGAUAAAUGUAUUUGUAUGAAUGGUUAUUGAGAUGACACCAUGACUUUGUGAUGUUACACUGAUCUGGACAGCAUUUGUAUCAACUCUCUCUUGACAAUUGAACAUUUAAAUUCCUCAGACUUGUAUCAGAGGUCUGUCAUUUUCCCUGUUUACCGUUGAAAUAAUGUCUGUAGGGGAAACUGUCCGUAGGCAGUUCUGCUCUAUAUGACCAGUGGUUGGGAUAAUUGAGGCAGGUUCUCCUGUAGAACUGAAACAAUUACUUUAUUAAUAAAUUUGUCGAUCAUCAGAAAAAUGAUUAACUCAUUUGAUAAUCAAAUAAUUAUUUCAGUCACCUUGCAAGCAGAUACAAUGAAAGAGUGUCCUUCAUCCUCUUGUUCUAUCUCAGAUAGGAGUUACUGCUCUUCUUGGUCAGAAAUCAUUGUAAACUGAACAUCUUUGGGUUAUGGCUGUUUGACAAAACAAGACUUUUGAAGACAUCACCAUGGACUCUGGGAAGUACACGAUUGAUUAAUGGAAGAAUAAUUAUGUCCGGACUACCCUGUUUAACCUGCUGCCACUGCAAUCCAUGACAGCACAGAAAUAGUACAGAAUGACCUUAUGAAUAGGGUUUGAACAUUUCUGACGUAGGUGACUGAUACUGGGAUGGACCAAAAAUACAAACAAAUGGUCCCUUUUCUCAUUAUGAUGAUGAGAAUUGGUUAACUACAAAAGCAGAAACUCUUGUGCCAUCAGAAUCAUUGGAAAGAUGCAGUAAUCACAUAAAACAGUAAGGAAACGAUAUAUAUUGGUUAAAUGGUUGGCUGGUUUCUACCUCACUGGAGCGCCAUCUAGCUGAAAAAGACUUUUUGAUACAUCACUCCUUGUUCUGCCCAAACAUGUCUGAGGAACAUUUUCUUUUCUUCCUUAUGAUCAGUUUUUCAUCUUCAAGAGCACCAUAAGGCCUCCUGGACUCUGCACAAUACAGUGAGCAUGAGGCCUCUUCUCUUGUCUUUUAAAUUACAGAAAACAUCCAGGGGCUUUAAUAGAUGUUGUGGCUGAUGUUCGUAUUUUUACUCAACUGAAAUAACCAGUGUGCAUAGUGUGUAUGUAAAUUCAAACACCAUUCCCUGGUAAAGUGACUGCUGUCCAGACAGGUCUUCACACAGUAGCAGUGGUCUAGAUCUCCACUGUGCUUACAGCCAGUCAGAGAGUUGGUUUGAUUUUAGCAUGUAGACUGCAUUCUGAUCUUGGGUAGUGAUUCUGAUCAGUUAUGUGCACCAGUGUUCAUUUGCAUGCUAAAACAUAGGUAGUUCAUACUAUACCCUGUGCAUGAGGGAUUCAUUGUUCCCACUAUUACUUCUGUUUACCCUGUGCCUCGUUGCGUCAGUGUCAGCAGACCUGAGCCUCUAUUUUACUGAGAGUACAGAAGGGAAAAAAACAAUCUGACAAGAACCAAUGUGUCUUUUUAAAGUAAUGAUUUUCAACUUGAACGCGGAUCUGAAAAUGAUAAUGUACUGUCAUGUCUUGUUCUCUUCUUUUUUAAAAUUGCUUUACCUUUUAUAGUGGAUUUGUUUUUUUAUAUGAAAAAUAACAAUAAAGAAAACUUGUUGGAAAU